AGAAUGUGGGCUGCAACCCCAUUGGAUCAGCUCAAGUACGAGAUCUGCAACUUCCCGAACGUAACAUUGAGAUCUGAAUAUCAGUCGCAUAGACUAGUAUGUUAACAGCCAUUCCGCGCAGAUCGGCGGAUUUUUAUUUAUUUAUUGGUUGCUUACACCGCACGGUUAGCCCGCGAAGUCCGACAUGCCCAUAUAUGUGGUAAGGGACUUAACAUGACUUUAGCAGACCGCACUGAGCCAAUAUGAGGCUCAUGCUAGGUCUCCAAACGCUUGGCAGUUCUGUUGGUGAUUACGGUUGUCGGCUGGCAUCAUCCUUCUAUGGACCGGAUGGUCUGUAUCGCCCAAUGACCCCUUACAUAGGUACGACUAGACAUCGGGGAUGACGGUACAUAUCUCACACCUGGCCCGAUAUUUGCUGUGUUCGCCAUAUUACAUGCUUAGACGUAGAAUGAAACUUGUACUCCUAAAUCCGUAGCUUAACAUCUACCGAUCUUUAAGCUUUUUGCAAGACGGUCAACUCUUAGGCGAAGUCGCUCGAUCUAAGUCGCAAACAUGUUGCCCGCUGCUCAGCGGCUCCAUCUACUAUGGCUCGCUCCGGCGGCCGUACUUGGAGCGCUCGAGGUCGAUCUAAGUUCGACAGAUUCCAUCAAAGCCGCGGCGAAGCAAGUUGCGUACGACUUAAUGACUUAUUAUCACGGCAACGAAUCCGGGGCCACACCGGGCAUCUUGCCGGGGCCACCACCGAACGGAGACUACUACUGGUGGCAGGGAGGUGCGCUGUGGGGUACGAUGAUAGACUACUGGCACUACACGGGAGACGAGACGUACAACGAUGUCACGUUCGACGCAAUGCAGUUCCAGGUAGGCGAGAACCGUGACUACGCGCCACGCAACUGGACGCUAUCGCUCGGAAACGACGACCAGUCUUUUUGGGGCAUGUCAGCGAUGCUAGCGGCCGAAGUAAACUUCCGCAACGCCCCGGAGGGUCAGCCGCAGUGGCUCGCCCUCGCCCAGGCUGUGUGGAACGAGCAAGCUGCUCCGGACCAUCACGACGACGAAUGCGGCGGCGGGAUGAGGUGGCAGAUCUUCCCGAGUAAUAAGGGUUACGAUUAUAAAAACACCAUUGCGAACGGAUGUUUCUUUAAUAUGGGGGCUCGCCUAGCCCGGUACACGCACAACGAUACAUACGCAGACUGGGCAACUAAGACGUUCGAUUGGAUUCUCAACGUCAAGUAUAUCGACAAGGACUGGAACGUAUUCGACGGCGGCCACGUGCCUUAUAACUGCACCGACAUCAACCGCCAACAGUACUCGUACAAUGCCGCCAUCCUCUUAUCGGGCGCUGCGUAUAUGUACGACUACACAAAUCAGAGCAAGGAUUGGGAAGACCGAAUCAACGGGCUCCUCGACGGCAUGGAACGUAUAUUCUUCGUCAACGGCACCCUCUACGAGCCCUCCUGCGAAGCUGGCGUGUGCUCGACCGACAUGCUGAGUUUCAAGGGGUACGUGCACCGGUGGCUCGCCGUUGCCACGCAAGUAGCCCCUUUCACCAAGGAUCGUAUUAUGAAGCUUCUACGGUCGAGCGCCGAGGCGGCCGUCAAGCAGUGCACGGGUGGUGCCAACGGUCGCCAGUGCGGCUUCCACUGGACUACAGGCGUAUACGAUGGUCAGACGGGUGCCGGCCAGGAAAUGAAUGUGCUCGGCGCGCUGUCGAGCCUGCUGGUGCAAGACGCGAAGGCUCCCGUGACGAAUUCGACGGGUGGUACGAGUAUAGGAGACCCGAAUGCUGGAGCGAAUGCCCCAAGCCUCCCCGAGGCUGCGCCUAUCACGACCAAAGAUAGAGCGGGCGCAGGAAUAGUUACUGCUCUUAUCCUUGGUAGUAUUUCUGUUGGAGCUAUGUGGAUGGCAUUAGAUUGAUUGAUUUUUUUUCCAAAAUCUGGUUCCGUUAGGGGAG